UGUCGCUCGCAGUCAUUUCAAAUGGAUCGCGCUCGCUUUGAGUUCUUACAUCGGAUAUCAGUUCAGUCUAUAACCGCUACGCCAAGUAUAACGUUCGAUAAAAGUUUUUGAAACAAAAAAUUCUAAACAUUUUUGUUACUAAUAAGUUUCGCUAUAUACUUGUAUUUUUGUAUGACGCGUGUCGGGUGUUGUUAUUGCUAUUGUAUUGUGCGCGUGUGAAUAAUUGCUUGUCGAGUGUUUCAAUAUUAUUAGGAACUAACAAUCAAAAUAGUGGCGCCACUGCGUGGUAACAAGUCAUCUUUGCUAAAAACAAAAAAAAAUUCUUUUGUGAAAUUCAGUUGUGCUCUAAAUGUUGGCGACAAAGUGAAAUAGUGAAAAACGGCGAAAAAAGUGUACAUUAAUUUCGACUCGCAAAGUUUUGGCUACGAGAUCAAUAGUCAAUUGAAUAAGUGUUAACUGUGUGUGUGUGUGAGUGCGCGUUUGUCAAAAAUUCAUAUUUCUCACUUGAUCGAGAUUUAAGGAAAUGUAGAAAAUAGAUUUCGAAUGCGCUGAAUAAAUUUAAUUGUUUACCAACAUAAAUAUUAUUAAUUAAGAAAGGAAGAUCGCGUUUAUUCUUGGAAACUAACAAAACUUUUUUCUCAGUACAAAGAAAAAUAAAUAAAUAAAUAAUAAAUAAUAGAAAAUUUAAUAAAAAAAUGCCUGUGCAAAUACGAAUUUUAAUGAAAAUUCCAUUUAUAAAAUAUAAAUUUCAAAUUUAAAAUAUAAAUUAAAAAGAAAAUAAAAAAUUACUUUCCUCAAAAUUUCUUUGAUCAAAAAAUAUGCGAACAAAUAAUAGCAAUUAAAAUUGAUGGGAAAUAUUUAAGAAUGUGGCUUAAGCAAGAGGCUUGGGAAAAUCAAAACGGAAUCAUAAUUAACGUUCUUUAAAAUAAACUUCAAAAAUUUGCGUACCAAAAACAUCGCACUAAACCAUUGGCCGCCUUAGCAACAUGUUGCCGCAACGUUUACCUUCCCAUUAGCAACUAUUAAACGCAGUAAUAACAAAACCCUAUUAUUUUAAGGAAACAUUUGUGAAAAUCACUACACCAUAAAACCAUACCUGAAAAAGUGGUUACCAACGCAAAAUAUAGCAAAAACAACAACAACAUCCAGCCACAUUUUAUGGAACAACAAAAUAAUUUAGACACCAAAAAUGUUCAGUUCAGCGGAUGUGGCCGCAGUGCGUCAUGUGGUGCAACGCAUAUUGGUGCCAUGUGUAUUUGUGAUCGGAUUGCUGGGAAAUUCUAUGAGCAUUUAUGUGCUGACCAGAAAGCGCAUGCGUUGCACAACAAAUAUUUACCUCACCGCCCUCGCCAUCACCGACAUUAUUUACCUCACCAUGGCAUUGUUGCUAUCUCUCAAACACUAUGAUUAUGUGCAGCGUCAUGUGGAGAUCUUUUGGAAGUGCUAUGGCUACGUGGUUUGGCUUUGUGAUGCUUGUGCAUAUAUUUCCAUUUACAUUGCCGUGUGUUUUACGAUCGAACGAUUUAUAGCGAUACGCUACCCGCUUAAACGACAGACAUUCUGUACGGAAUCGUUGGCGAAGAAAGUCAUUACAGGAGUCGUCCUCUUCUGCCUGUUCUCCACUAUUUCGACAGCAUUCGAACAUCAGUAUCGCAUCACUAAGAAAUCAAUUGAUAUCCAUGGCAGCGUAUGCAAUAUAACCCCAGCGAAUGCGCCAGAACGAUUGGCAUUGCUACAACUGAAUUACAACGAAAGCGCACGCCAGCAACCACAACAACAACAACGACAAGUACAACAUCGAUCAAGGAACCAACAAGACGACGAACAACAUUUACCAUUGCAACAUAAUGUAGCAUUGCCGGCAUCAACGACGCCAUACAUCGAUUUCGAAGGCAGUGGUCAGGCUAUUGCGGAUGAGCGCACCGAGCAUAGCCAUUGGCAGGCGCAGGCUAUAGUUGCUACAACUGGGGCAGUAGUGAAUAAAAGGGACAAUUUGGGUAGCGGUAGCAGCACUAGUGGAAACAAUCGAGAAGAAGGAGACGGUAACGGAGAAGAUGGAAGCAAUGCAUGGCAGCUAAAACCGGAUGUAAUAUUGCGUCGAUUGAAACAUACAGUAGACCUGAAGCAAGCAGCGGCCCCAUCGAUAUUGCCGUCAACUUCGCUCACACCAUCGAUUUCUCUUGUUACACCUUUGCCAAUGGCAAUAGCAGCAGCAACAGCAGCAGCAGUCAGACCAAGUGACGCGCAAGUGAAAGCUUCGAAAGCCGCUUUUUUAGCGACAGCCAGUAGAAACAUUCCUAGCAUUGUCGCAAGCUACCUAUCCUUGGAUAAACACUCCGAUCACUUACUCGACUCUGAGUUUUUGGUGAGCUUAGGUACGCCGCUUUUAGGUAACGUCGGCGGAAACGAGCAAAUAGUGGAUGGCAUGCACGGAGAGCUUAAGCGGGAGCAACUACCUGCUGAUCCGACUAAAGCGGGUGAGUCGCAGCAGAACUUCGAACCACAAGAGGCUGAAGCUGUCUUCUUCAACAUAACGGAUUAUUGCGAAGAAGUCACCUACUAUAAGAAUUGUCUAUCAAGCUUGGGUGAGAAUGCGCUAUACACACGUCUGUGGUACUUUUUCACACUUUUCGUUUUCGUUUUGAUGCCACUAUGCCUGUUGGCUACCUUCAAUUGCUUCCUAAUAAUGUUGGUGCGUCGCUCGAAGAGUUUGCGCGGCGAGAUGACAAAUGCGAAUAGCAUACGACGGUCCCGCAUGAGCGGCAAAGGGCCACGCAAGUCGCAUAGCUCAUCCGUUUCACAGGAGAAUCGCAUCACCGUCACACUGAUUGCCGUGGUUUUGCUCUUCAUCGUGUGCCAACUGCCUUGGGCUAUAUAUUUAAUUGUUUCGGAGAAUGUCGAUAUCGAUCACAAUGUGCAAGCAAUAAUUGGCAAUAUUUUCAAUUUUCUUGCUGCCAUCAAUGCAGCCGCAAACUUCUUCCUCUACUGUGUGCUAUCGGACAAAUAUCGGAAAACGGUGCGCGAACUGAUAACCGGCUACAAAUAUCGUGCACAUGCGCGCAAUACAAGCGCCAAUGCGAGUCUCUUUACGAGUACGCAAGCAUCGCAAUCGUUGAAUGGCAGUCGACGUUAUCGGCCGACCGCAGCAGCGUUAGUGGUGAAGUGAGUGUGGGUGGGGCAGUGCUGUGGUGGGCUCUCGCGAGGUGGGCCAAUUGUAUUCUGCUUAGUUGAAUUUGUGUGUUUAUUGUUGUUAAUGAUGUGGGCCUCGAUAGCGCAGUUUAACUCGUUGAUUAAAUUAAAAUUAGCUAGUAUUUAUUGAAUAAUAUUCUAAUUUAAGAUAAUUAAAAUUGAUUUAGGUAUUUCGUUAAGUGGAUAAGUAACGAUUUUCAUAUAUAAUUUGAAUGAAAAUAUGGUAUGUUUCGUGCUGGCUAAGUAUUGAAUUUUAAUUAAGUGACUAGUUGUAAUUUAUUCUAUGCACAAGCAAAUGAGUCGAAAAAUAUUUUAUGAUAAUUAUUAGUAUCUUUCUGAUAAUAUUCUAAAUAAUAUGAAAUAAUGAAAUGAUAUUAAAUUAUAUUAAAUAAUUGAAAGAAAAACAAAAAUUAUUAUAUAAUAAAUACUACUCCUU